GUGCAAUCAAAGGUCAAAUACGAUUAUAAAAAUAAAAAUCCGGUGCGGUUGAAUGCACAACUUUUCAACUGUUGAUGCGCGCUCAGCUGCUGCACCUAACGGUCUUUUGAAAGUCUGGUGGUUGAGGUUUAAGAAGCAGAGAAGAAGGAAAAGUAAGAAAGCUGAUCCUCAUCUGUAGGCCAUACAUAUCCUCUUGUAUUCUUCGAUUCAAAACCCACAUUACAAUUCUACUCUCGCUUGCCUCAUCCAUUCAUGGUCAGUUAUGGGAUUUCCCAAAUUCUUCUCUAUCUUCUCUGCAAAUGCAAACAAUCAAAACGGUUCUAUUCAAGAAAAUCUCAUAAAGAAUCCUCGUAAAUACUUGACCUUCCCCAGAUCUGUCUUUAACUACCUGGGACUGGGACGCCUUGCAGUAUCUGGAAGUGCAGAUAAAUCUGAUGGGAGCCAGAGGUCGGAGGAAGAAGAGAAGGUGUAUUCUUGGCUAUACGCCUUGGCACAAUCGGAUAAAGAUUUGGUUUUUGAGUACGUUCGCUCCACCGAAAGGGGCUUGAGCUUCACUGAAGCUGAUAGGAGGCUGAGAGAAAAUGGUCCAAAUGUUCCUCUUGGAUAUACUUUUCCAAAUUGGUGGCAUCUUCUGUGGCAUGCCUUCUUCCACCCUUUCAAUAUUAUUUUGAUUAUACUGUCUGCCCUCUCCUACGUAGCCAGUGAUAGUCCAAAUGGAUGCAUUAUGCUCAUAUUAGUUUUUAUAAGUGUAUCCCUUCGAUUCUAUCAGGAAUACACGAGUUCAAAAGCUGCCAUGAAACUCUCUGAGUUUGUAAGAUGCCCUGUUAAAGUUCAAAGAUGUGCUGGCAGAGUUAUUCAGACAGAGUUGAUUGUUCAAGUUGAUCAAAGGGAUAUUGUUCCUGGGGACAUUGUUAUUUUUGAACCUGGAGACCUUUUUCCUGGUGAUGUUAGACUACUAUCUUCGAAGCACCUUUCCGUCAGUCAGUCCUCAUUGACAGGCGAGUCCUGGAUAACUGAAAAAACAGCAGAUGCUAAAGAGAAUCAGAGAACUCCUUUGCUAGAGUUGAAAAAUAUUUGCUUCAUGGGAACAAAUGUUGUAUCAGGUAGUGGAAUGGGUUUAGUUGUUUCGACAGGAUGUAAGACUUACAUGAGCACCAUGUUUUCAAGUAUAGGAAAGAAAAAACCACCAGAUGGCUUCAAUGAUGGCAUCCGAUGCAUAUCCUACGUGCUCAUCAGCGUAAUGCUGGUAGUGAUGGCAAUCAUAAUAUUGACUGAUUAUCUUAAGUCUCGUGAUGUGAGUGAGAGUGUUCUUUUCGGACUAUCAGUUGCAUGUGCACUCACUCCGAAUAUGCUUCCCCUUAUUGUUAACACGAGUCUUGCAAAAGGAGCACUUGUCAUGGCCAGAGACAGAUGCAUCGUCAAAAGCUUAGCUGUUAUACGAGAUAUGGGAUCCAUGGAUAUCCUAUGCAUCGACAAGACUGGUACACUCACCAUGGACCAUGCAAUCAUAGUUAAUCAUCUUGACAGCUGGGGUUCACCCCAAGAAAAGGUUUUACGCUUUGCCUUCCUGAAUUCCUACUUCAAGACUGAUCAAAAAUAUCCUCUAGAUGAUGCCAUUUUGGCAUAUGUGUUCACAAAUGGAUACAGAUUCCAGCCAUCCAAGUGGAGUAAAAUAGAUGAAAUUCCUUUUGAUUUUAUACGAAGAAGAGUAUCAGUUAUCUUGGAAACUGAAUCAAAUGCUUCCCAAGGAAGAAAUAGCCACACCUGUGAUAGAUUCAUGAUAACCAAGGGAGCAUUGGAAGAAGUGAUGAGAGUUUGUUCUUUUAUAGACAAUGUUGAUGGGAGUGAAAUUGUUACCUUCUCUUCAGAAGACUAUCAGAGGAUUCUGAAUAUGGGGGAAGAAUUAAGCAACCGGGGACUAAGGAUAAUAGGAGUUGCGAUAAAAAGGCUACAAAUGGUGUGUCUCAAUAUCUCUGUUUUAUUUCUUCUCAAGCAAGGAAGUCAUCCAAACAUGGCCAAUGAGGAGAUCACUGAAUCAGACAUGGUCUUCCUUGGUGUAAUAACGUUCUUUGACCCCCCAAAGGACUCAGCAAAGCAGGCUCUAUGGAGGCUAGCUGAGAAGGGAGUAAAAGCGAAGGUAUUAACAGGCGACUCGCUAUCUCUGGCAGUAAGGAUUUGCGAAGAACUUGGCAUUAGAACCACCAAUGUGACUACAGGACCGGAACUUGAGCUACUAAAUCAGGAUGACUUUCAUGAGACUGUUAAAAGUGCAACGGUGCUUGCUCGGCUAACCCCUACUCAGAAACUCAGGGUGGUGCAAUCCUUGCAGACUGCUGGUGAACAUGUCGUUGGAUUCCUAGGGGAUGGAGUUAAUGACUCGCUCGCAAUAGAUGCUGCCAACGUAGGUAUAUCAGUUGACUCAGGUGCUUCGGUUGCAAAAGACUUGGCAGACAUCAUUUUACUUGAGAAAGAUCUGAAUGUACUUGUCGCUGGGGUAGAGAACGGUCGCCUCACUUACGGCAACACCAUGAAGUACAUUAAAAUGUCUGUUGUCGCCAACAUAGGAAGUGUUCUCUCACUCCUGAUAGCAACCCUGUUGCUGGAAUUUGAGCCAUUGACUCCGAGGCAGCUCCUUACACAAACUUUCCUUUACAGUGUGGGUCAAAUCGCAAUCCCAUGGGACAAGAUGGAAGAAGAUUAUGUAAAGACCCCCCAGAAAUGGUCUGAGAAAAGUUUGCCCAUCUUCAUAUUAUGGAAUGGCCCUGUGUGCACCCUCUGUGAUCUGGCGAACCUUAUCUUUUUGUGGUUCUAUUACAGAGAUUACAACAUAUUCGAUGUCAAAUUCUUCCAUUCUGCUUGGUUUAUUGAAGGCCUUCUAAUGCAGACCCUAAUUUUCCACUUAAUCCGAACGGAGAAAAUCCCCUUCAUUCAGGAGAUAUCCUCGUGGCCUGUAAUCUGUUCAACGGUGGUGAUCUCUGCCAUUGGGAUAGCAAUUCCUUUCACACAAGUAGGAGAAGUCAUGGGAUUCACUAAUUUGCCAUUCUCAUAUUUUGGAUUUUUGGUUGUGCUUUUUCUAGGGUAUUUUACAGUUGGUCAAGUGGUCAAGAGAAUGUAUAUUUUGAUAUACAGAAAAUGGCUGUAGAGAACAGCGAAAGAGAAUAUUAUUCAGAAUGAAUAAUGUAGCUUCUAUGCUUUUA